AUGAGGUUCACGACUUCCCGCUACGGACAACCCGUCCUAGAAAUGGGUUACCUACCAUCAGAAUACGAAUUGGUACCAAGAGGAGCGAGCUAUGUACUACGACUUGGAAAACAUACCUUUUCAACCAAUUACGCAAAUGCAGCUGGAAUGAGUAUUUGGUAUUGCUCCAAGCGGAGGCGACAGAAGUGCAAGGUUCGAAUCCGGAUGAUCAAUUCAGACAUACUCGAUAUCCAGGGACUGCACACUCAUAACUAG